GGUUCUGUAAGAGUGAAAAUUGAAGAAUGUCCCGUAAGAGUAAAAAUUGAAGAAUGUUACGUAUGGCCAGAAGAACCAGCUGAACCACCUGCUGCGAGUGAAUUGCCGGCAUCGUCUGGACACUCUGCAUGUAUUGUGACCCAGCCACGCCCUAUGGUCGCGGAUGCUGGCAGCAUCGACGUCGACGCACAUCCUCACAAGUGCCCACAUUGUGACAAGGGCUUUGUGGAGGCGUGGCGCAUGCGGAAGCACAUUCGCAUUCACACGAAUGAGCGGCCCUAUAAGUGUUCCUACUGCCCCAAGGCCUUUUUCGAGAGGAACGCCCUGACCCUCCAUGAGCGGCGCCACACGGGUGACAAGCCUUACCUCUGCCAGCUCUGCCACAUGGCCUUCACCUGUGAGAGCACCUUCUCCAAGCACAUGCAGGAACACAACUGAGAGCAUCAUCCGCACGCAAUCAACCGAGGGCCUGUGACGUGCUUCUGUUGAGUCUUUGCAAUUGUUCUAGUGGUCUAUUCUCAAUCAAUGCUUUGUGAGCAACUACACCACAUUCCUUAGUGUGUGAU